GGUUUUAUUUCUGCUCCGGCUGCAGUAAAGCUCAUGGUGUUACUGGAAACCGGAUCAUUCUGCCUGAAUGAAUUAUUAGAUGUUGUUCCUUCUGUUUUUUUAUCUCUCUUUUGUCUGUUAAAUUACUUUUACACCUGGUAGUAGAAUUAGCUUUCUCCAAGCCCCGUAGUUCCUGCUCUAGACUGUGAUGGAGCAGCGUGAUACUGAUGCUCUGGAUAUCAGCACUAAGGUGCAGCUCUACGGUGUCCUCUGGAAAAGGCCCUUUGGACGCCCUUCCUCCAAGUGGUCACGAAGAUUUUUUAUUAUUAAAGACAGCUUCCUGCUUUACUAUGCUGAGAACGAGAAGAGGAACUUUGAGACAAACCGAUACUUCAACAUCCACCCCAAAGGGGUUCUCCCUUUGGGAGGAUGUGUGGUAAAUUCUAAUGAAGUACAGGGGAUGCCCUUCACCUUGACAAUCGCGCAUCAGGAUUUCUCAGGCAACAUUGUCCUGGCAGCCGAAUCAGAGCUGGAGCAGAGCCAGUGGGUGAGGCAGCUGCAGGAAUCCAGCAAAGUCACCUGGAAGAAUUCACUCUUGGGUGAGGCUAUGAUCGAGAGUCUGGAGGCGCAAGGACUGCAGCUGGCGAAGGAGAAGCAGCAGUACCUGGACAAGUUGAUGAUAGAGACUGAGGAACUGUCUCUGCAGAGAGAACAGAAAGAGGAGCUGAAACGUCUGAACGAACUUCUAGAGGAGGAGAACCAGAAAUUUGAGGAAGUAGUGACAGAACUAAGGAUGGAACAGGAACAGAUCAAAAUGGAUCUUGAUGGGACAACUCAGUCACUGAAAGCGGUGGAACUGGAGAAGGAGGAGCUUCAUGGUCUCACCACAAUGCUGCAGAAGUCACUGGAGGAGCUGGCCCAGGAGAAGCAGCAAACCCUGGAGCUGCUGUGCACGAGCGACCCAGAAGGGCUGGAGCCGCCGGAGACGGCGCUGGGAUCUCCACAGGGUAUUCCAGAUGCCAGCGUCCUGCAAGGCAACUUGCAGCUCAUUGAGGAUCGGAUGAGGAGUCUGCAGGGAGAGAAAGAGCAGGCAGAGGAGAAGCUGAAGACGAACGAGCAGCAAGCGCAUGUGUUGCAGGAGGAACGCGAGUUCUACUACUCCCAAGCCCAAACCCUGCAGCUGUCCCUGGCAGAGCUGACUGUUGACAAGGAGAACACAGAGGCCGAACUAAAGGCAGAGAUCGAGUCAAAGCUGGAGCUGGAGCAGAGACUGAAAGUGGCGGAAGAGGCUCUGCAGAGUCUGGAGGAGGGCUUGAAUAGCCUCAGUCGCUCCCGGGAGAAGGAGGAGAGAAUGAAAGGCGACGUACGGCAGCUGAGACAAUUCUUUGAAGAGUGUAUCUGUGCUGCGGAGAUCGAGGCCAGGCUGCCGGCCAUCAUGAAGAAUGCCGUGUACAUUCACAAGGCUACGGUGCGUCGCAUAAAGAGCUGCCGCAUCCGCAAGAAGUCACCCAGAAACCUCAGAGGAAUCAAAGGACAAUCUCAGUCCUUCAUUCUCCCACCUGGAGAUGAUUCUUCUUUGGAAGAUCUUAAGAAAACUGCACGUCAAGUGUCCUUUGACAGCUCUUUACGAGAAAAUGUUUAUAAGAUCAUCGCCCGUCAUGACCAGGGCCAAGACUGAUGGCAGAUAUUAAUAGUUUAUGAUGAAAAGAUCCUUGAAUUUAAUGACUCAUAUUCUCUUGCAUUUUUUGUUAAGUUCUAAUAAUAAAAAUAUUGUUGAUAAUGCAAUUUUUUUUUAAAUAGUGCUACAAUGUUAAGAAAAAAUACUUUCCUUUUAGAGUACUUCGUUAAUAGGUGGAUGCCAGUUUCACAGAAUGUCUGAUUAAAGUCAUCAUCUUGUUAAUUUAGAAAAUUUUAAACUUUGUCUUUGGGAAUGUAGAAAACGUUACCUUGCAUCAAAGUAGCAUUUAAGAAUCCAUCCGCUGCUCAGGAAUAUCAUAGAACAGCGUUUUGCAGUGAUAAUAGACGUACAUGCAGGGAAUUUAGAACAGCUUUAGAUGUGGCAAACUUACAAAAGCUUGUAAUGGUCUAGUCUCAAAGCCUAGAACCUGAGUCUACAAUCAUGAAAUGGACAAUAGACAUAAAGGAUGUUAGGAAAAAGAAACUGGUUCUUUAAAAAAAAACUUUGGUUUUUAAUCUUACUUUUAUUUUACUUUAGGAAAUCAUGAUAGUAUGUCUACAUAUAUAGAUUUCUCCUUUACUCCUUGCCUCAUGUGAGGUAAAGAGGGGGAGUACUUAGCAUAGUGGUCAAGGACACAUUUCCCAAGGUACCAAUAGGUAAAUUUGCUGUGGACAACCAGACUUAAUAUCAGCUAUUACAGUUCUAUCAGAGGGUGAUCAUUUACAAAUGUAGUGACUUAUAAUCAAAUAAUGUAAUGAAAAAUACACUGAAAAUCUGAAUGUCAUGAAUAUAUAUAUAUCUAUAUAAAUACAAUAAAAUUUAAAAAUGGAGAAA